AAGCAACAGAGAAACACACAGAAACAUGACCAGCACAAUGAUCUCUACUGGAAGCUGUGGUAGCUUCCACACCAUCUCGAAACCCAAUCUCUCAACUCAAAAAUCGUUUCUUGAGCUAUCGUCUCACUUUAGCUUCAAUACCCAUUUUCCAAAACCAAGUUUUCCCUUAAGAACUCGUUCCAAAUCCAUCAGAAACAGUCCUGUUAAAGUCGCAGCGGUUCCCGGCGUUUAUCUCAACAAACAGAGUUUCUACGAUUUGUUGCGCAUCCCCAAGAGUGGAACUCUGUCGGAGAUUAAGAAAGCUUAUAAACAACUUGCUCGGAAGUACCAUCCCGACGUUUCUCCCCCUGGCCGUGCAGAAGAGUACACGAAGAGGUUUCUUCAAGUUCAGGAAGCUUAUGAGACUUUGUCUGAUCCCAAAAGCAGAGCUUUGUAUGACAGAGACAUGGCAGGAGGUCUGGACUUGCAUACGAUGUUCUCUGCUACAAAACGAUCCCAGGAAAAAAAAAGCACCUUCCCUAAAUUUAAGUGGAUGACAUUUUAAUUUAGAUCGAUUUUAACUUUUUAUUUAAAUUUAUUGUAAAAGUUUCAAUUUAACCUUAAA